UCGUUUUGUGUAUGUGUAAUUGAAUAAAGCAGAACGGUUUGAUAAAUCAAAAUUUCGUUCGUAUCUGAUUUCCGCGUCGAAACUCAAAUUGCAAUGCAAGUGUCUCUUCAAUUUAAAUUCAGCCAUUUCAAUAUCAAUCCUUCCCCCUCACUUCAGAAUCCCUGCGAAAUGGACCUGAAGUGUCUCUUUGCACCUUCUCUUCGUCAAUUUCCUGCUUGUCAUGGGAUUCAGGUUUGCUGCUUUCCUCUUAAACAACCAGCUGACAGAUAUUCCAAAACUCAUAGAAUCAUGUGUACUUCAAGAAGACAUGCACGUUCAACUUGGAGCUCUUUUGACCUUAAAAAGAAUUUUACUCGAAUCUAUAGCGAUCUCAAUUUUUAUAGACGGGCAAAAUUAUCAAGACAUGUUGUAAGAUCUGAACUUGCUGGUGCUGGGUCUGCUGGUGCUUCCUCCUAUCCAUUAUCAGAAAUUCAGUUGGGCUCCAGAAUACGAGGAAUGUGCUUUUAUGCUGUAACUGCUUUUACUGCAAUAUUUCUAUUUGUGCUGAUGCUUGUUGAACAUCCUUUCGUGCUGUUAUUUGAUCGAUAUCGUAGAAAAGCUCAUUACCUAGUUGCCAAAAUCUGGGCAUCUCUGACUGUUGCUCCUUUUAUCAAGAUUGAGUUUGAAGGGUUGAAGAAUUUACCUCCACCAAAUACCCCUGCGGUGUAUGUAUCGAACCACCAAAGCUUUUUAGACAUAUAUACUCUUCUCACUCUUGGCAGAAGCUUCAAAUUCAUUAGCAAGACUACAAUUUUCCUUUUUCCGAUUAUCGGGUGGGCCAUGUUUCUGAUGGGUGUUAUUCCUUUGAAGCGCAUGGACAGCAGGAGCCAGUUGGAUUGUCUUAAGCAAUGUAUAGCUCUUGUCAAGAAAGGAGCAUCAGUCUUCUUCUUCCCGGAGGGGACUCGUAGUAAAGAUGGCAAGCUGGGUGCUUUUAAAAAAGGUGCUUUCAGUGUUGCUGUGAAAACUGGAGUACCAGUAGUUCCAAUCACUCUUAUUGGGACGGGUAAAAUUAUGCCUGCUGGAAUGGAGGGUCAAUUGAAUCCGGGAACAGUGAAAGUUAUCAUUCAUCAGCCAAUAGAAGGAGAUAGUCCAGAUGCACUAUGCAGUCAGGCUAGAGACAUAAUUGCAGAUGGGCUUUUUCGUCAAGGUUAAGAGAUUCACUGCUGUAAAUUUGCCAAUAUCAGAAUCUUUGUGAGGGUUGUAGGAAUACAAGCUGAAAGCAGGUAUCGUAAUUUUCUUUAGUGCAAGGGAAUUCCAACCGUGUUCAAUCUACACGUCCCCGUAAGUGUCAUAUGCUCUUGCCAAAUUCUGCAUGGUUUUCAGGUCCGUGUGGAAGGUGUAAAGCAUCCGGUAUCGAUGGGAGUGAUAAUUCAGUUGUGUCGCGGAUUCUUGCAUACUGUAACAGAAUAGGUUGUUAAAAAGGUCUACAUAUUAUGCAACAGCGCCAUCUAACAUUCAGUCGUACUUAAAUUUCUUGAGAAAAACCAAGAAAUUUGUUCUUGUUUUCACAUGAUAGUCAGAUUGUCGCACUGAGUUGACAGACUUUCUGUUGUCAUUCAUGCAAAUUUCCAAGAACGUAUAAUCUCAUGAUGGCAUGUUUGGUAGGGGGACAGCUAUCCACAAAGAAAAAUGCCCUAUGUACGGGGCAUUUUUUCACAGAGGUGAUACAGGAGAGCCACAUGGGGAUGGGCCCCAUAUAAAUAUUUUAUUGAGGUGGGCCUCAAUCUUGUGUCUAUUUUGUGAAUUGUCUGUAUGAUUUUUCCUUGUAAGUGCAGUACCAUUCAUCCACAAGACAAUUGAUAAAUUUCUUCACGUUUUGUUUAA